AUGUCCCCUGCCGUCACGCGCGCCACAGCAGCCACCGCUACCGCCGCUUCGUCCCCAUCUGCGUCGAGCCUGGACUCCAACUCGGUUGACGACGACCGACGUUCUUCUACUGCUUCAAUAGCGCGUCAACCAUUCGUGCCCAAACGUAAACCAACAAAGCCCGCGCCUUACGCCUACCUCCUCGCCGAAGCGAGCGCCAGCGCCGACUCGCUGCCCAGCCCAGUUCUCGUUCAAGGUUCCGGCUCAUUCGGAGAAAGCGAUACGGCCUCAUAUACGCCCGCUCGUCCCUCUUCGGCCAUCGAGACGCCCUUGCGCACCUCGCCAAAGAAAGUCAAGGUCGUACGUGCGCCCUCGCCACAAGAACCUUCUCGCCCGCCUCCGCGCGCAACACGAUCAUCUCCGAGAAACUUCGACUCAUUAUCGGUCGACGUUCCUUCGGACCCAGCACCCUCUUCGGCCGCCGCAGCACCUGUGCUCAAGACUCGAUCCGCCUUCCUCACACCAGCACCUCCAGCUCGGGAACGCCAAGCCGAGACUAGACCUCGUUCUCAUACCCCGACCACCAUGGCAGCACGCACAGCAGCGCCACCGGGCACGCCCAAGAUCAAAGCGGCUGUUUCCGCCGACGUUGCUGCACGCAUCAGGUCGCCCAAGAAGCACGCUUCCACUUCGGCGUUGAGAGCUACGGCAAAUCAGUCGACGCCAUUCAGCGCCUCGAGUGGUCUAAGAUCCGCUCACCCUCUGCAACAGUCGAGCAAAGACAUAGGAAAAGCGCUCGAAGCAUACGCACAUUCGUCCAGCACCUGGCAACAUCACACGGAAAGCAGCAAGGAAGAUGCGGACCCGAACGGCGACAGCUCCUUUGUGUACGAUGCGGAUGCUGACAAUGCACACAACUUCGGAGAAGCAAAUGGGCAGGAGACCGUUCAGGUGCACGUUCGACUGCGACCUCCCAAACGGGGUGAAGAGUGUGCGUGGGUGGCCAACCCGUACUCUGGCACGGUCGCAUUGGAGGCGUCCAUCGCUGGCGGACGUACGCAGAGCGCCAACCUCGGACCGUUCACCUUUGACGGUAUCCAAACUGGCUCUGCCAAUCGCCCCGUCUACAUCUCGGUCGCUCGGCCGCUGGUGCGUGCAGCGCUGGAUGGUUACGAUGCAGUCGUCUUCGCAUACGGUCAAACCGCCUCCGGAAAGACCUUUACGCUUUCUGGAGACGAAACGGGUCAAGAGGCAGGCAUCAUCCCGCGCGCGGUGCGCGACAUCUUUCGAGGUAUCAAGCAGAGCUCGGCACGUCGAGAGUACCUCUUACGCGCCAGCUAUCUGGAGAUCUGGAACGAGGUGGUCAAGGAUCUGCUCGAGCCGAGCAAUGUGCCUCAGGUUCGUGACGACAAGCGUCGACGUGGCGGCAAGGGGACGACGGUGCAGCCGUUGAGGGAGGAGAUCGUCACGAGUCCAGCCCAGGUGAGGGAGCUGCUGGCCCGCGGUCAGGCCAAUCGACACGUCGGAGCGACGGACUGGAACGAGCGCAGCAGCAGGUCGCACACCUGCUUCAAGAUCACCAUCGAGUCGUGGGAACGCGACCAGGAGUGCCUAGGCGGAGACCCUGCCGAGACGCGACUGGGUAAGAAAGUCACCGUCUCGGAGCUGUGCCUGAUCGAUCUCGCCGGAAGCGAAAAGUAUGUCUCUCAAGGAUCAGACCGUCGCACCGAAGGUGCCCACAUCAACAAGUCGCUCCUCACGCUCGGCAAGGUCAUCUACGCCCUAUCGGAAAAGUCCAGCGCCGCUUCUGCAGCAGGCAGCGCGGGAGUGCACAUCCCCUAUCGAGACUCGAAGCUCACGCGAAUCCUCCAGAACUCGCUUUCGGGCAACGCACGUGUCGCUGUCGUGUGCACCAUCAACCCCAAUCCUUCCGCCGUGGAUGAGUCGCUCUCGACGCUCAACUUUGCCAAGCGUAUCAAGAAGGUCGGUCUCAACGCGAGGCGCAACGAGGUCGAUGGAUCGCUGGCAGGUGGGAUCGGCGCAGAGGCGCAGGCGCUCAUCUUGCGGUACCAGACGGAAGCGGAUGCGUUGCGAAAGAUGGUGGACGACUUGUCAAGGACUCAGAAGGUGGAGGUGGAGGAUGACCGGAUUCGAGAGCUUCAAGAGCGACUGGAUGUGAUCGGGUCUCUGGUUGUUCGCGGUGGUCGGUCCAAUGAUGCUGACGAUGUUUCCGAUGACGAGUCCUCCGCCGCUGCGACGAACGCUUCACGAACAGCAUCCAGCAGCAGCACCAGUACGACCGCCUUUGCGUCGUCCAACUCGAGCUCGCGAACCACCUCCACCACCUUUGCCCGCCCGGUUUCGCCCAUGAAACGAUCGUACAACUUUGGCUUUGACGAUCCACCCCACCUGCUCGCCGAAAAACUCUUCCUCGCGAAUCGAAAGAUCGAGACGCUGUCUCGCAAACUCGCAUCGCGACCAUCGCUACCCGCCACCUCGAUCGCUCAAGCUGAACUCAUCUCGUCUCUGCAGCAACAGGUGAAGGAGCUGGAAAUGGUGUGUGAAGCACAAGCCACCGAUGCACCACCCAAGAUCCGCGAAGACGUGGAACGCGAAUUCGCUUCUGGAAUGGCACAGCUGAGGUCGCAGAUCGAGGAGAAGGAUGAGUUCAUCAAGGAGCUUCAGGAGGAAGGCGCGAGGCUGCGGAGGGUCAAUGAGAAGUUGAUGCAGUUGGCGCACAGGCAGACGCAGGACAUGGUGGAGAACCUUUCGCCGACGAGGACCAGGUCGCCGUUGAAUGCGAGCGAUGUGGGCAAUGCCGCUGUCAGAAGAUUGGAGGGUGGAAAGAAGGCGAGGCCGAUGAGUCUGUUCAACCCGCCCUCGGGGAUGGUCGAUUUCAGCAGCGCGUUAAAGGGCACCAACAGCAUCCUGCAGGAAGAAGCUGCCAGCGGUGGUGCCAAGAGUGGAGCGCCAAUCUUGGCAGGGUCGGCGGUCAAGAGAAGAUCGAUCAGCAACGACUAUACGCUGUUGCAGCUGGGGACGGGCGAGAUCGAGGAGGAGAUCCUGCAAAAGUCGGCCAGGAUUCCGGCCAGCGAGACUUUUGCCGUGUUUCCCAGCUAG